UAUGUGCUUGAUAUUAUCGCCGAGGUAUCUUUUUGUAUUUUUCUGCCGGGGAUGGGCCAGAUUAGGAAGGGCGGUACGAGGGUGGGACUUGGCGUUGGUGUUUUGGAACAUCAAAGAUGGACAGGGUUUUCGCGGAGGUCGCUCCUCAGAUAUCUCCACAACUACAGAUCGGGGAUCUUCCAAAAUCGAGAAGAUUGGUGCAUAUGGCUAGGUCUCUUCACCUUACAAUUUGUAUGGCACUUUGGCCCGGGGUUGUGGUGUGGUAGGGGAGAACGGGGGAUACUCCCACACAGGAGUUUCGAACAACGUCCGGUUCACGUUUGGCUGGAUAACUCCACCACCACACAGGGUAUGCGGUCGGCGAUGGGGUCAGAAUGCUCGUAUGAUCGAGGGCUUUUCGAUGGAUCUAUCGGCGGGUUCUUAUUCGAAAAAUCGAGCGAGUUCGUGGUGGAGCGGUUGAAGCUGUCAAGUAGAUCGAUAAAUGACAGUGUUAAUGUCUUUAUUAUAAUCAGAUUCUUAGUGAAGACUGCAUUAUUCUAA